AUGAAUAGCUAUGUGAACUCUCAAGAAAAUGUAACUCUAAAAACACUAAAUAUCCCUAAUAAGAUUACACUUCAUAAUGCGAAGAUUGAAUUUGUAUUUAGACUAUUCAAUGGGUAAUAUAUUGAUGAUUGGAUUUAGGUCAAUGUGACCCUAGAAAAUGAACAGAUCGAAGAGGAUUUGACUAUAGAUGGACAAUUUCUUCGCAUCAAUUUUACUAAAGCUAUUAUAUACCAAGGAAGAUAUUUUGAUGUUCUAAGCAAAAGAGGAUGCAUGCUUAAUGCAACUAUAUUUAAAAGUAAAAAUUUUCUCAAUGUUCAGCUGGAUCAUAAUACUUGCCUUAUUCAUAAAGUAUUUAUUUUCAAUAGAAACUAAGAUAGCUCAAAUAAUGAUUAAUUUGACUUUGGUGUUUUUAUGUACUCUCUUGUUGGGAAUUUAAUUGUACUUUUAUACAUGAUAAGCAUUGAAAAUCUGAUAAAGUAAUGCAAGGCAAACACCUAAAUAGCAGCAAAUAUAAGUCAUUACUCAAUAGAAUGGCUUUUGCUGUAAAUAUGGGUCUAUGGCCAAAAUUAUAUUUAGAUCGACUUUGAGAAUAAUUUCUACUCAGGAAUGAUAAAAUUAUUCUCUAAAUUUUACUUUAUUUCCUUUGUUUCAUUCAUUAUAAUGAUCAAGCUGCUUGUAGUCGAAGAGCUUUACUUCUUUAUGGUAUUUGGAAUGACAUGGUAUCCUCAGAUACUGUGGAAUUUCUUCCACAGAUAUAGAAAAGCUCCGAAUUGGGCAUUUUGUAUAUUUUCUAGUAUGCUGCAUUUGUUUUUCCCCUUAUAUGUAAGAUGCAUUGAUGGAAAUUUCUUGUACUUCAGACCUAAAUAAAACUAAGCUAAUUUAAUUCUUUAUUCUCAAGGAAUAUCAUUAUUCAUCUUGCUAUUGUAAAGAGUUUUUGGAGCAAGAUUUUGUUUCCCAAAACAAUAUAGAAAAAAUAUAUGUGGCUCAAGACCAUAUGUCUACAAAGUCAAGUUUGAUGAGUAAAAUGAAGAAACUGAAAUAAGUGAUAAUAAAAAAAUAUAAGAAUAUGAGAAAGUAGAUAACUCUCUAGAAAUUAGCUAAUCUGAAAGAUCAAUGAAUAAUGAAAGUUCACAAGAGGAAUGUGUCAUUUGUUUGAAUAGUUUGAGGUUUGAUGGUUAGACUCAAAACUUAAAGGAGUAUAUGAGAACUCCUUGCAAUCAUAAGUUUCACGAAGCAUGUCUUAAGCAAUGGUCUAAUAUUAGACUUGAAUGCCCCUCCUGCAGAUAAGAAAUCCCUCCCUUGGAAAUACCUUAAGAUGAUGAAGAUUAUUGA